AUGGCUCGUACAAAGCAAACUGCUCGUAAAUCGACUGGUGGUAAGGCACCACGUAAACAAUUGGCUACUAAGGCCGCACGCAAAAGUGCGCCCGCAACUGGCGGUGUAAAAAAACCACAUCGUUAUCGUCCGGGAACUGUAGCUUUGCGUGAAAUUCGUCGCUACCAAAAGAGUACAGAGCUCUUAAUUCGCAAACUGCCAUUCCAGCGUUUAGUCCGUGAAAUUGCACAGGAUUUCAAAACUGAUUUACGUUUCCAGAGUUCUGCUGUAAUGGCUCUGCAAGAAGCUAGCGAAGCAUACUUGGUGGGACUUUUUGAAGACACUAACUUAUGCGCUAUUCAUGCUAAACGCGUAACCAUUAUGCCAAAAGAUAUUCAAUUGGCGAGACGUAUUCGUGGAGAACAAAUUUACUUGGAACUGGUAUACUUAGUGACGGCUUUAGUACCUUCACUAACUGCGUGCUUAGCCAAUUCUCCAGGAAGAGGUAAAGUUAAGGGCAAGGCAAAGUCUCGCUCAAAUCGUGCUGGAUUACAAUUUCCAGUUGGUCGUAUUCAUCGAUUGUUGCGUAAAGGCAACUAUGCUGAACGCGUUGGUGCCGGCGCUCCCGUCUACUUAGCUGCUGUAAUGGAAUAUUUGGCAGCUGAAGUUCUUGAAUUGGCUGGCAAUGCAGCACGCGAUAAUAAGAAGACAAGAAUCAUACCCCGUCAUUUACAAUUGGCCAUCCGUAAUGACGAAGAAUUAAACAAAUUGUUGUCUGGUGUUACAAUCGCACAAGGUGGUGUAUUACCAAACAUCCAAGCUGUACUUUUGCCUAAGAAAACAGAAAAGAAGUUAAUUAUGGCUCGUACAAAGCAAACUGCUCGUAAAUCGACUGGUGGUAAGGCACCACGUAAACAAUUGGCUACUAAGGCCGCACGCAAAAGUGCGCCCGCAACUGGCGGUGUAAAAAAACCACAUCGUUAUCGUCCGGGAACUGUAGCUUUGCGUGAAAUUCGUCGCUACCAAAAGAGUACAGAGCUCUUAAUUCGUAAACUGCCAUUCCAGCGUUUAGUCCGUGAAAUUGCACAGGAUUUCAAAACUGAUUUACGUUUCCAGAGUUCUGCUGUAAUGGCUCUGCAAGAAGCUAGCGAAGCAUACUUGGUGGGACUUUUUGAAGACACUAACUUAUGCGCUAUUCAUGCUAAACGCGUAACCAUUAUGCCAAAAGAUAUUCAAUUGGCGAGACGUAUUCGUGGAGAACGUGCUUAA